CAGACCUUAAAAAGUAGAUAUAAAAAUAACCUUUUUUUUUUAGGCACAUAAAAUGAACUCCAUUAGAAUUGCAUUCCUCAAGAUUUGUGGCAAUACAAAAAUCCAUAAACGUUAUGCUGGAUCCUUGUAUGAGCCAGACUAUUUAGAAAAUAUGAAAUCAAAAGUUCCUUUAUAUGAUACACUAAAUAUCCAACUGAGAGGAUACGACUAUCCGGUGCUUGAGAGCUACCAAAAGUAUUUGCAUCGUUUGAUUAAAAAUAUAGACAUAAAUGUUGAAGAAUGUUGGGCUGUUCCUCCACAGGUAAUGCAGAUAUCAACAUACAAACCAAGAAGUGCUGUGAUCCAAGCCCAAUAUGUACUAAAAACUUAUGAGAGAACUGUACAAAUAACUGAUAUAUCUGCCAUUCAGCUUCCCUUGCUAUUACGAGCUAUAGAAGCUAGUACACCUGCUGGAGUAACAGUAAGUAUAGUACCACAUGAACAAUAUCAUGAGGAAAUUCGAUUUGUCCCAGAUACCGAGUUAAAAACUUUAAAGCAAGAGUUGGAAGAUUUGGGUGGGCCAAGAAAACCUAAGAAAUAAAUGUUUGGAUUAACUAGUGUUAUGAACUGGAAAUUAUUUAUGGAUUAAAUUUUUUCAAGAGAUUUAUUACUUUAUAAUGGAAAGAAAACAUGAACAAAUAAACAUUGACCCCAUUUAAAAUUGGACUAGCUUCAAAUCUCAAAAUAAAAAAUUCCUAAAGCUUAAAUAAAUACAAAAUCCACUGUGGACAAAUAAUUAUAAAAUAUACUCAUAAUAUCUGGAGUGCACUAAGCUAGAUAAGUGUUAUUUACGCUCUAUUGUCCAGACAAAUGAGUUAUUACUCACUUUGUUUUCAAAUGUAUCGAACAAAUAAAUUCUUCAUACAGGUCGGUCAUUCACUAUCCACUAUGAGUUCCACUACUUCAGAGCAACAACUGAUGGUAUAUCAUAGCAAAGAAUACAGAUAGUAACAUAUUUAAGUAGUUGAAUACAUUUGAAAACAGUAGAGAGAGGUACAGCGAAAAUCACAGAAAAGUCUAUUC